UUGCUGUGUACCCUCCCUCCGACAUGCAACCCGCCACACAACCGUCCGACACCGCUAGCGAAUAGUACUGAACUCGAGUCGCAUUACGCCACAUACCAUGCUCACGUCUGCGAAGAGGAAGGAUGUGGCUGCGUCUUUCCUGACGCACGGUUGCUUGAGCUGCAUCAAACAGAAUGCCACGACCCAAUCGCUGCCGUGAGGAGAGAUAGAGGAGAAAAAAUUGUG